CCAAAUAAAAUUUGUUCAGGACGCCUAAACACUGCAAAAUCAGAAGGGACCUGAGCAGAAGCUCAGACAGGGAAUUGAUGGGAGAGACCUGAGAGCAUCUGGUCCUUCUUCUGGAGCAUUUUAAAGACUGCCUGGUUGAGGUGUGUGCCUGGAGCCUGGAUGUAACCUCCUCUGCCACCUGCCUUUCCCUUUAUGGAGCACCUUUUAUGAGGAGGCUGUGGCAGAGUGAAUUGUUUUGCUGGCAGCAGCAGUUUUGUUCCUGGAGGUGGUCAAGAACACAUGUCAAGUACAGAUUUGUAUUGAUUAUUUUGGCCACAGCACUUUUCUGCCAUGCAUGGCCUUUCCUGGGUCUGCUCUGAAAUGGGUGUGAGCUUAGAGUCAAAUUUUGGUUCAGUGAAUCUGACUUUUCCAGGAGGCUCUGAAAGGAGGGACCAGGUGUCUUGUGUGAUGUAUUGCCUCUGUGAACUUAGGUGCUUCUGGAUUUUAAUCUGGGGGCUCRCAGAGCUGUCUGUAGAGUUGUGCUCCUCACAAUCUAGUUUCUAAUGCUACAGAACUUGUUCGUGCAACUGCACAGCUCAAAAGAAUCCUUUACAGCGUGAGGAGCAGAAUUUGUGGGCAGAGUCUUGAACUGUCCUUUAGGUGGGAGAAAGAGUGCUGCUGUUAGUGUAGCAUGUUACUGGUGUCAUCUUUGCACACUAAGUGUAGUCUCAGAACUGCUGAGGUGCUCUGGGAUGGAUUCUGGGCUCUCAGUGCGAGGUCUAAAGCCACAGAUCAAGUGUGUAAACUCUGGAGGGGGGCAUGUUUUCAAUAUUUCCUGCUCUGUUGAUCAGUUGCUUGGUCUCCAUUGUGAGUUGCAUGGCUCUCCUUUUCUGUAGCCCAGACUUUGGGGUUAUACUUGGGAGUCAAGUACCUGAAAAUGUGAAAACGACAGGAGACAGACAUUUUAUCAGGGCCUUCUGUGAUAGUGCAAGGGGUAAUGGUUGAAGCUAAAAGAGGGGUGAUCMAGACUAGAAAUAAGGAAGAAAGUUUUUAUGAUGAGGGUGGUGAGGCAAUGACACAGCUUGUGUUUGCUGAAGUCUGCCAGGAACCCAGAAUGAGUCUUGCUGGUAUGGGCUCUUUGGGUAAGAGACUCUACUUCAAGGUCACUAUGCAAAUCUCAUCACUUAAUAGCUUUGGAAAAAUUCACUGUGGCAUCAGUGAGCAGUUGCUUGUCCUGUAUCUGUUUAUUUAGUGCAUUUGGAUUGAGGAUGACUGAACAUGUGAAGCCAUCUGGGUAUGAAUGGGAGCUGACUCCUUCCUCUUCUCUCAUGCUGAAGUAUAAAGCUGGAUAAUUAAUAAAAAUGGUAACACUUUGGUAUUUGAUUAAACUUGAAUUAAUGAAAGAUAUGGUAAUGGUUGCUUUUUUCCAAAUGGGUUCAAUGUUUUCCACAACUUCUUGGUAUUUACUCAGUGCUUAGGAAGCUUUUGGUUGUUUCUCCUCUUUUUUCUUUCUAGCCAGGCUCUUUGCUUGGCUAACACCUGCUCUAAUUUGCUGUGGCCUUACCUGUUAAAAGUAGAUGCAGUUAAGUCUACAUUUUUUUAAUUAUACAGCUGUUCUGCUAUUGCUGUUCARAAAGCAGCAGGAAAGACAGAAGAGCAAAGCAGGAGAGUAGAAAACAUUCUAUUUUUAGGACAAGAUUGGCUUAUCUCAUAUUUAUCCCAGCUAGCGGGGGUAAUGUUUCCAGAGAUCUCACAUGGGUAAGGGCUGCAUAAGACUGAGUUAAUUUUAACUGCCUGGCAGUCAACAAGCAUGGAGCCUGCACCAGAGCCACRGGAGCUGGGACCUCAGACAGAAAUGGUUGCAGACACAAUUCUUGAGGUUGGAGAGAGACUCUUCCAGGUCAGCCGUAGGGUGCUUUCGGUACACAGUCGAUAUUUURAAGCCAUGUUUUUCGGAGGAGCAAGAGAGAGCUCUGAGCAGCACAUWGUGCUCAAAGGGAUUGAUGCAGUGCCUUUUCAGGCACUACUUGAGUUCACUCGCACAGCCCAAGUGUUCAUAGGUCAAGAAAAUGUGACCAGCUUACUGGAAACAGCUGAUUUUUUUCAGUUUGACAGGGUGAAACUGUUGUGUGAGAAAUUUCUGGAGAGAGAGCUGCAUGUUUCCAAUUGCCUGGGCCUGAUGAUCUACUCRCAGCAAUUUGCCUUUACAGAAUUGUAUGUGUCUGCUAUGAAUGUGGCUCUCACUCACUGGGGGGAUGUGAUAAGCCAGGAAGAAUUUAAGGCACUACCCAAGGAAAUGCUGAUGCAGCUCCUGAAAAGUGAUGACCUCUUCGUUUCACGAGAAGAUGUGGUUUUUGACAGUAUUACAAUUUGGAUAAUGGAGGACCCAGCAACAAGAGAGGAAGAAUUUCUGGAUUUGGUGGGCGAAGUCAGGGUCACUUUUCUUAGUUUGUCGUUCCUUGAUAUCUUGGUGAAACGCAGCAAGCGUGCUGGAGAGACAGAUACCUWUUCCAGACUGAUAAAGAAGUUAGACAGCUGUCCUCCACCCAGCUGGCAAAAUCCGAAGCUGUGUCCUUAUGCUGGUCGGAGCUAUGACACCUUAUAUGUCCUGGGAGGAAAGCAUGACAAGGAGCAGCAAGAAUUAUUUCUCUUUCAACCUAAAACAGGGAGCUGGCAGGCUUGUUCUCCACUGCAACGCAGGAACCUCACCCAGUAUGCAGUGGCAGCAGUAGGGAGCUUCCUUUUUGUGACAGGAGGGUAUUUCCGGGAUGAGUUUGUGUGGUACAGUGUGGAUUGGGUGCUUAUCUACAAUUGCUUGGACAAUAGCUGGCAGGAAGGGCCAGCCAUGAAGAAAUCCCGCAAUAGCCACUGUGCAGUGGGAGUGGGGCUCUAUCUGUAYGUUCUGGGAGGGAGCACAGAUGAAGGGAUAAUCCCAGCAGUGGAACGCAUGGCUUUGAUGGAAUCAGAGUGGGAAAGCAUGAGACCCAUGGCUCAGCCUGUGGAGAGAGGCGAUGCUGUCAGUGUGGGAACAUGGAUCUAUGUGGUCUGUGGUCUGGAUGAGAAUGGACAUGUGUAUGAUGGAGUGCAGAGGCUGAACACAGAGACAGAUAGCUGGGAUGUCAUCUCAUUCUCUCCACUUCCAAGGUAUGACCUCUGCAUCACAUCCCUGAAUGGGGCUCUGUACACGAUUGGAGGGGGAGCUUUUCGAUUUGAUGUGGAGACYGAUGAAUGGACCCAGGUGAAUGAAGAAUGCUUGACCAAGAAGUUCUUCAUGGGAUGCAGCACCGUGAAUGGACAAAUUUAUCUCCUUGGACAGAGGAAGGGAAACAGUGCCCUCCCCACUGUAGUCCUCUUUGAUCCCUACAUUGAUAUGUGCCAGGUCAUAGAUAACAAACUCCCUUGCCCCCUUCCUAUUCGUGGCUGUGUCUCUGUGCGAAGAUUCGAUACGUGGGCAUGAGAGUGAAGUGCUUUACAACUGAAGGGAGUUAGAUUGCAUCAAGUUUGGCCUGUGACAUUUUUAAAAUUUUGUUCCUUUGUAAUUUUACCUUUUUAUUUUUUUUUCUACUUGACAAAUGAACUUGAAGCCAAAGCCAGUGAAAACUUUGUCUUCACAAAGGCUGUAUUUCAUUAUUGAAAUUGGCGAUCAAUAUUGUUAUGGUACAUAAACUCCUUAGGGUUGAUGCUCAAUAAAGGUCUGUUCUGACCUUUAACCU